CCAGAGCCUCAGAAAGAGGCUUCAACGGAAAGAGGUAAAGUUAUAAAACACCUCAAAAAUGGCCGCCCUGAGAUUGAAGUUCCCAAUUUCUGGUCCAAACAGUGAGUUGCUGAAAGGGGUUUUUACAAAUUACGUACGCAGCAUUACAUGUUUGAAUAAUGUGCUGCAAUCUCGAGGUGUCAGCACACGCACUGAAGGCCAAUCACCGAUUGCAGCUAAAACCACAUGCACAAGUCUUGUGCCAUACAGAAACCAGAGCACGGCAGCACCAAGCAAGCUGAGGGCAAGAGUCGACAAUGCUGCAGAGUUUGUAUUAGCAACCAUUGAUGACUUAGUCAACUGGGCCAGACGGAGUUCUUUAUGGCCUAUGACAUUCGGCUUAGCCUGUUGUGCCGUGGAAAUGAUGCAUUUUGCAGCCCCAAGGUAUGACAUGGAUCGGUUUGGUGUCGUUUUUCGUGCAAGUCCGCGUCAAGCAGAUGUCAUGAUUGUGGCUGGCACCCUCACGAACAAGAUGGCUCCUGCUUUGAGAAAGGUAUAUGAUCAGAUGCCAGAGCCACGAUGGGUCAUCUCUAUGGGCAGUUGUGCCAACGGUGGUGGGUAUUAUCACUACUCUUACUCAGUUGUGCGUGGAUGUGACCGCAUUGUCCCAGUAGAUAUUUAUGUCCCUGGCUGCCCCCCUACAGCAGAAGCCUUGUUAUACGGAGUACUUCAACUACAGAAAAAGAUCAGAAGAAGUCACAAACCAAUCAGAAUGUGGUACAGAAAAUAAAGGUCAUGGGACGAAACAGAAUGACGUCAUUUCACGAUUCCUUAAAAAAAUAUAGUGUGUGAAUUUGAAUACGUAAGACUUCAAACCUUGUCUUGUAUUGUUUUCAAACUGAAUGUAAAUUGUAACGCUUCUGGUUGCGUUCAUAUCAUUAAAGCGAGAUAUUAGUGAUUCUUGUGUUAAAUUUAUCUGCAUGCAACAAUUUUCUGAACAA